AUGGCCAACCCACCACACGGAGGUCAACUCAAGGACCUGAUCGCCCGCGAUGCACCCCGCCGUCAGCAACUGUCCGCCGAAGCUGAGACGCUGCCCGCCAUUGUCCUGCAGGACCGCCAGCUGUGCGACCUCGAACUCAUCCUCAACGGCGGCUUCUCCCCUCUCGAGGGUUUCAUGAGCGAGAAGGACUACAAUGGCGUCGUCGAGAACAACCGCCUCGCCGACGGCAACCUCUUCUCCAUGCCCAUCUGCCUCGACCUCUCCAAGGAGGACAUUGAGCGCCUUGGUGUCAAGCCUGGUGCUCGCAUCACCCUGCAAGAUUCGCGCGAUGACCGCUACUUGGGUAUAAUCAACGUGGAAGAUGUGUACAAGCCAAACAAGGAGAAGGAGGCCAAGGAGGUGUUUGGUGGUGACCCAGAGCAUCCAGCGGUGAAAUACCUCUUCAACCAGACCAACGAGUACUACGUCGGAGGCAAGAUUGACGCCAUCGACCGCCUCAUGCACUACGACUACGUUGGUCUGCGAUACACGCCCGCAGAGCUGCGUCUGCACUUCGACAAGCUUGGCUGGUCCAAGGUCGUGGCUUUCCAGACCCGCAACCCAAUGCACCGCGCUCAUCGUGAGCUGACUGUGCGCGCUGCUCGUCAGAGACAGGCCAACGUCCUCAUCCACCCUGUCGUGGGUAUGACCAAGCCAGGUGACAUUGACCACUUCACUCGUGUUCGUGUCUACCAGGCCCUCCUCCCCAGAUACCCCAACGGCAUGGCUGUCUUGGGUCUCUUGCCUUUGGCUAUGCGUAUGGGUGGUCCUCGCGAGGCCAUCUGGCAUGCUAUUAUCCGUAAGAACCACGGUGCUACCCACUUCAUCGUUGGCCGUGACCACGCUGGUCCCGGCAAGAACAGCAAGGGUGUGGACUUCUACGGACCAUACGACGCCCAGUAUGCCGUGGAGAAGUACAGAGACGAGCUCGGCAUUGAGGUCGUGCCAUUCCAGCAGAUGACCUACCUCCCCGACACCGACGAGUACCGACCAAAGGACGAGGUUCCGAAGGAGGUCAAGACUCUCGACAUCUCAGGCACUGAGCUUCGUCGCCGUCUGCGAACUGGAGGUGACAUUCCAGAGUGGUUCUCUUACCCCGAGGUUGUCAGAGUCCUUCGGGAAUCGCAUCCACCACGCAACAAGCAGGGUUUCACCAUCUUCCUUACCGGUUACACCAACUCUGGCAAGGACGCCAUCGCCCGCGCUCUCAACGUCACCCUUAACCAGCAAGGUGGCCGAUCUGUCUCCCUCCUCCUCGGUGAGACCGUCCGCUCAGAACUCUCCUCAGAGCUUGGCUUCUCUCGCGAGGACCGCGAUAUCAACAUCCAACGCAUCGGCUUCGUCGCCAGCGAGCUCACCCGUGCUGGUGCCGCUGUCAUUGCCGCACCCAUCGCCCCCUUCACCAACUCCCGCAAAGCCGCCCGCGAGAUCGUCGAGAAGCACGGCUCCUUCUACCUCAUCCACGUCGCCACGCCCCUCGAGUACGCUGAGAAGACCGACAAGCGCGGCAUCUACGCCAAGGCUCGUCGUGGCGAGAUCAAGGGCUUCACGGGUGUGGAUGAUCCUUAUGAGGCUCCCAAGGACAAGGAGGCGGAUCUCGUUGUGGAUCUGAGCAAGGACAAUGUGCGCACCGCGGUGCACCAGAUUGUGCUCUUGCUUGAGGCGGAGGGUCUGCUUGACCAGCUUUAG